CCUUUCUCCUGAGGAUAAUUUUAGUUUCACCUCGUAGCAUUUUACAAUUAGUACGUUGACCGCUCUUGCCCAUUUAGCUCAAUUUUAGCCCUAGACGCUUUUCAGCUGUGCAAAGCGCGGAAUUUUAAUAGUAGCGAAUUAAUAGAAAUUGAAUAUUGUUAAUUUUCAUUUUAAAAAAGGAGAUGGAAUUAGUAAAAACACUAAUUUUUAAUUUAAUACAAAAUAAUUCACAAGCGGGUUACGGAUUACAAAAAGAAAGUGAAGCACUGAUUAGUUAUGUUUUGCAAAAUAUGUCCAAAUCGGCAUUACCGGAUGUGGAGCCAGAAAUUAAAAACGAAAAAAAUUCAUUACAUUACAGAAAUGAAGGAAAUCAACAUUUCAUUGCUGGCAAUGAUUUAGAAGCAAUUGAGAGUUUUACAAAAAGUCUCGCUUAUGCGGACAGUGAAGAAUUAAUGGGCUACGCACAUGCAAAUCGUUCGGCGGCUUUGUAUCGUAAAAAAUUUUAUAAAAAUUGUCUAAUUGACAUUGAUGCCGCAUUAUCACACGGCUAUCCAGAAGAGAAACGAGAAAAACUAAAAGAACGUGGCCGAAAGGCAUUAGGAAAUUUAAUGAAUUCAUCGGGAAAUUUUGAAUCGUUUGAUCCAUUUGAAAAUAAUAAUGAAUCGAAUAAUAAAAUAAAGAAAAAAUUCCCCUUAAUACAAAAUGUUAUACAAGAUUUGGAAGAACCAAAAGAUAAUGAAAUAAGAGAAGAUUUUUUAUUACCUGGAACAUCAAAGACACAAUCACAAUUUUUAAUAAAUGAUAAUAAAGAAAAUCUUAUACUCACACAUGGUCCAAGUGAAGAGACACCAGUUGUCAGCAAUGGUGUUAAUGUGAGAUAUUCAGAAAAAUAUGGACGUCACAUGGUGGCAACACAAUACUUUGAACCCGGUGACAUCAUUUCUGUAGAAGAUCCAUUUGCUUACGUUAUUUAUCAAGACAAAUAUUAUACACAUUGUUUUCACUGUCUGACAAGAAGUUAUAAUUUAAUUCCAUGUUCAAAAUGUCCAAUUGCUCAAUAUUGUUCAGAAAAAUGUAAACAAUUAGACUGGAAACUUGCACAUUGCACUGAAUGUUAUAUUUUAACAUUAUUGUCAAAUUUACUGAAUAUUGAUAGAGAUAAAAUUCGUAUGCUUUCAAAAAUUGUAAGAUUUCUUAUAAUUGCCACUUCAAAUGGCACAGGAAUUGACAAAUUACGUGAGGAUUUGAAAAUUGCAGAAUCUAAUACAGAUAGAAGAACAUCAGGGUUUACAGAAAAUGAUAUUUUUGAUAGCACAAGUGCCAAAUCGGCUUUAAGUCUUGCAACAAAUAUGUCAGCAAGACUACCAAUUGGAAUUAGUGCAUUUGCUUGUCUCUCAGCAUUAGCCACAAUGCUUUUAGCAACGAAAACUAAAUUUUUUGGUAAUAAAUACCAAAUGGAUGAAUUAAAAAAAAUCAGCAAAUUACCGGAUAUAACAUUUUGUGGAAGUAUUAUGUUUAGAGCCAGUGUUAUUAUGUCUUCCAAUAGUUUCUCGAUACAACAAACGCCAGGAGUCAAGGUCGGUUCAGGUCUUUAUAUUGUGCACAGUUUGUAUAAUCAUUCAUGUGCUCCAAAUACAUUGAGACAUUUUGAGGGAUUAACAAUGAUAACACGUGCAUUGGAGACAAUUUCUCCGGGGGAUCAAAUUUUUACAAGCUAUGGCGGAGGACAUCAACACAUAGCACUAAUUGAAAGACGAAAAAAAAUGAUGGACGAUUAUUUUUUCAAUUGUGAUUGUCCAGCUUGUAUUUCAGAUUGGCCAACUUAUCGUGAAAUAUUACAAAAUCAUGUGGGAUCAAUAUCAAAGAACAAAGAACUCGUGGAAAAAUUAUUGCCAUUUAAAAAGAGAUUACUUAAAAAUAAAUAUGAUAUUGAUGCAGCUAAAUGUAUUCUUAAAAUUUUGUACAAAGAAGCAAAAAUGCCAUGUGAAGAAAUCGUUCAUGGAAUGCAAUAUCUAAAAAGCUAUUAUUUAGCUUUAUACAUGUUAUCAACAAUCGCUACGCUUCAAAAAAAAAAUUGUUUUUUUCUUAUGUAUAAAUAUUAUAUCGAAAAAAUUUGUCAAUUCUAUCAGGUUAUCUCAAUAAAUACAGCUGCUGGUCUUACAAAACUCGUUAAAUGCACAUCUGCUAUGAAAAAAAAAAAAAAAAAAAAAAAUAUUGACGUCUACAUGCGGUUUUUUAAUCCCUCUCAUUUUAGCUUGCACUUCUAUUUUCUUGUUUGUCUGAGAGUUAUAUUAUAUGCAAUUUUUAAUCCUGAUCACUGUGAAAUACCAUUUUAACCAUAAAAAUACAUAAAGAGUAAGUAUAUAGAUAUAUAUAUAAAUAACUGGUUUAUGAGUACGACAUUUAUUAAGGACAUACAUAUUGUUUUUAUGCGUAUCAACACAAUACAAUUUAUGUCUUUAAAGAAAAUAUUUAAAUAAUAAAUUUCAAGUCUAUUCCAAAUUGAAUGAAAAAAAAAUAAUAAUUUUUUUUUUACACCUGCACU